AUGUGGCCAGAGCUGCGCAGGGCAAGCACGGACAUGCUCAAGAGCAGUCUGAGAGGGCUGUUUGAGGGGUACCACUUCGGCAUCAUCACCGGCAUUGACGUUCGAUCUGUAGACCUGGGGCUCGACCCCCCCACCAUCACUGGGCUGUUCGAGGGGUACCACUUGGGUGUCAUCACCGGCAUCGACUCGCGAUCCGUGGACCUGGGACCCGAUACCCCCACCAUCGCUGGCGAUGGGGAGGGGGAAGGAGCAACAGAAGAAGAAGUAGCAGGGGAAGGAGUAGCAGGGGAAGGAGUAGCAGGGGAAGGAGUAGCAGGGGAAGGAGUAGCAGACGAGGUGAUAGCAGACGAGGUGAUAGCAGACGAGGUGAUAGCAGAGGUGGCAGUGGAGUGGGUGGAGGGGCGGGUGCAGCAGCGCAGCAUGCGGCUGAGAGUGCAGACUGCCAUGAGCCCAGAUGUGGACGUGCAGGUUAGCAGCAUCGCUGCAGCUGCCACGCUGAAACUCACCCUCAAGCCGCUGCUGCCCCGCCUGCCUGGGUUCGGCGCCGUGCUGCUCUCGCUGCUCAACCAGCCUUUCUUUGACUUCAAGGUGUCGGUGCUGGGCGGCAAUCUCAAGGCCAUGCCGGGAUUUGAAAAGAUGAUUGAGUCGGUGCUGCGGCUGUCUAUCGACGACUCCCUUGUGUGGCCCUCGCGAUGGGUGUACCCUGUUAUGGAGGGGGACUUCAGUUUCCUGGAGCUCACACCAGUGGGGUACCUAGACGUGUCGCUGAUAGAGGCGGAGGGGUUGCCCAAGACAGACGUGCUGACAGGCGCUGCUGACCCGUUCGUGCUGCUGUAUGUGCGGCAGCGGGAGGGGGCUAUCAAGCGCAGCAGCACCAUUCACCACUCCCGUCACCCCACGUGGAACGAGGGGUUUAUUCUCGAGGUGGAGGACCCAGAGUCGCAGCAGCUGACGAUCAGGCUGAUGGACAGCGAGCGGUUUGAGAAGUCGGAGUUCAUAGGAGCGCACAUGCUGCCUCUCCACACGCUACACCCCAACAAGGCACAGGACCUCUGGCUCGACCUGUACGACAAGCCCGAGACUCCUGAGAGUGCGAGCACACACGGGCGCGUGCAUGUGGUGGUGAUGUUUGUACCGUACACGCAUCGAGAGGGGGGGGGGGGAGAGUGCUGCGGAGGGGAAGGAGGGAGGAGUUAG